AUGUCAAUAUUCGAGCCUAAAGUAGUCCUCAACCUCCUCAAAAACUCGGCAGCCGUCUCGCCUAUCGAUAAAAGUGCCUUUGAGAAAAGCUGGACUGUAAACGUCGAGAAACGAGUCAGCAUAUGGAAAGAGUCCCGUAACCAUAAGACCCACCCACGUCCAGAGUUUCAGUUGAGGUGGGAGGCUGAGGUCGUCGAAUACGUGCAGUGCCUAUGGGAAAAGAGUCGACCUCGAUCAAAGAAAAUCGAGCCUACACAUAAGUUAGGCCUCAAUAUCCCAUUGCUCGGGCCUCGAUUCGUGCCCCCGUCUUACAUACAUAUUCAAAAGCGCUCGGGACUCGGACAUCAAGACAUAGAGCCAGUAACACAGUACAUCAAACCCUUCAAUGUCAUUCACCCGUUCUACUACCCACAGCUUGCCACCUGUCCUCGAUGCGGCUCUGACAAGGAGACCACCUGGGAAGGGUGGACAAGCACGGGGCCGCGCGAACUCCAUGGUCUUAUCUGCGAAGAGACAGCACUCGGCGCCCAACUCCGAUGCAAUACAUGCAAGGAAUCAACAAAGAUGAAGAAGGCAACCGACAAGAACAUACCUGGAGAUGCCGAAGAUGUCCAAGCGCAUCAACCAGCCAACUUGGAGGGCUACUGUUUUGCAACGACGAGCGCUGCAUACUGGAGUUCAUGGGAGCACUGGCAGAUUCCUCGCAACAUCCCAAUCUUUUUCUAUCGCUGUGCCCUAACACGUGAUCUCUUCGACUUGCUGGUGGAGAUGCGCCCGUCAACAACCUCUGCAGGGCUGGAAGAAAGAGUCAGACUGUUUCAGAUACAGCCCACCUGCAAUGCAAAUAGCAGACUUACCGACUAUUUCUCUGGUAGUAAGAGCGCUGUGAAGACACUCCAGGCAUUCUCGAGCGCCAGCGACCCGCUUGCAUAUGCUGACAAAUCGAUUUCGGGUGAGAUUAUCACAGAAGUCUUCCUAGACUUCUGCGCAUGCACAAGGCAAAAGGAGAGUGGAGAAUACCUGAAGACUUUAUCAGCCAUAUGCGGCUCACUCGACAACACGUUCAAAGCAGCAAGUAAGGCCACACUUACCGACAAGGACCGCCAGAAGUCUAGGGAGCUGAAAGGCGGGAUAUUGAGUGUUUUGAAUGAGGACAAUCAGAUCAUUUCAUGGCGCUUUUGCCAGAUGCGCACGAACGCAGAGAUAACUGAACUCCUUCAAGGUCUUAAGCACCGCCACGACAUUCUAAACGUCCCCCAGCCAAAGAUGAUGGUCGCUGAUAAUUGCUGCCAAGUUCGAAAUGCAGUGACCUCUGCAAUGCCGGAGACAGAUUCAAAGCUCGAUGUUUGGCACUUUAGUGCGAGAUACAUCGCUGUCAUGCUCCAAUCGAGCAAAAGUCCUUAUCGAGGCGCUGUCGCUGCUGACAUCACAGGCGCCAUUCUCAAGACGCAUGCCGAGAAAGGUCAGCCUGCGCGAUACGGGGACCGAGCAGAGCAGGAACGGAGGCUUAUGGUGGCAUUCAGCAAAUGGGCAGACAAAGGUGUUUGGUCAGCUGCAGCGCAGAAAGUUCACCAAGAACAGUUGAAACAUGUCCGCAGAGGGUGCCUCGAGCGCAGCGUCCAAGGCAUCAGAGCUGAUGGGAGUCGCAUUGAGGGAUCCCACAAAGGGUGGAAUUCCCUUCAGCGAGCACAGCCAAGCGGUGUGACGAUGCUCGCUGCCCUCGGCCAUGAUUUUGUCCUCCGUCGCAACGUGCGAGUGGCUUUCAGCAGGCCCGAACUCACGCCAUUCCUCAAGUUCGCCAACGGUUCACAUCACCUCCGACUCUGUGACUACAUAGCGAGGCUUCACAACACGCUCCAGCAAAAAACUACUGACUCUCAGCUGCAGCUUCUUCCUGAGCUUGGUGACAUCGACUCAGGCGAGACUUUUGGGUUAGUUAUGUCAGAUCAUGUAGCGACAUUCGGUGGUCUUUUGAUCAAGGAGGAGAACAUUGAGAAGGGCCUACUUGACUCCUUUGAUUCGUCUGUUGACUCCACCACAGGUGAGGAAGUCGACCUUGCGUUUCUUGCCAGUCGGAAUGUCAUCAUCAACGAGUGGCAAAUCGACCCCGCCCUUCUUACACUCCCAGCUGAAACUUCAAGACCAAUGAAACCUUCAGCACCAAAGAGAAAGGCUGUCUGCAUCUCGUUGGACUCGGACGAUGAAGGGGAUGCCAGCGGCGGCACCAUCAAAAAACUACGAACCUUAGCAUUGCCCAGCACAGAAGUUCCUAGCAUGGCCCCAGGUACUGGACGACUCGAUGCGUACUUUCCUUCUGUGCAAGACCAUCAACGGUGCAGCACACGAAAGCUCCCUCCCGAAUUCUCGCAGGAUCGCCCAGUGGUUGCCAGCACUGCUAUCACACCCGACCAAGGGGAUUGCCAGGUGAUUCCUGGGGCUACCACAGAGGAUUGCUCCAGCGCUGGGAUUAGCAAUGCAAUUACCCCCAGCGCUGGGAUUAGCAAUGCAAUCACCCCCAGCACUGGAGUCACCAGCGAUCACCCAGUGAUUCCUGGGGCUACUGCAGAGGAUCGCCCAGUGGUUGCCAGCACUGCUAUCACACCCAACCAAGAGGAUUGCCAGGUGAUUCCUGGGGCUACCACAGAGGAUUGCCCAGUGCUUGGCAGCACUGGCAUCAAUAACUCGAUGGCUAUCGCGGCAGGCCAGACCCGGUCUCAGCGCCUGUUCUCCAUUUCCACAGGUAUUGAUCCUCACUCGCUCACCUUCCAAAAUUCGGACGAGUUCUAUCUAUUUAUGGAAAUGCGGGCUGAGUUCAAAUGGCUGUCAUAUCAAAUGACUUCAAAGCGCUGGGUGCUGGCGACAGAAGAGUACAACCGCCGUCUCAUCAAGAAAAAGGGCCAGUCAGUCGUCCAGAAGAACCCACAAGCCCUCCUACGUGCGCUGGGUGACAUCGAGCCGAAGCUGAUGAGCAAAAUCACCAAGAAUGACUAUACCUCACGCAAAAACAGAAGAGCCAGGCAGAAAGGACCCGAGAACUCGCCCCUCAACCACAAGAAGGGGUAUUGCGCAGAUGGUGUCAAGCAGUCCUCCAAGGCUGCCGGCGAGGAACUGCCUCCCUGGCCUCAGCCACGAGGAAUCUUCUCUGAGGGCCGAACAUUCCACCCUCACGUGUUCCUGUCGACGGUCCAGCGCGUCUACGAGCACGUCUUCAUGCAGGGACCAGGAGAGACGGACCUGCUCGAGACCGAAGCAUUUUCGAAGCUGCUGAUUUCACGCACCGAGGUUCACGAGUCGGAUAACAUGGUGCUUUUUCGACUGUUCAAGGGUUUCGUCACUGACCCAACCACUCCCCGCGACCGGAUUGUCUCUCGCAACGGUGAGGAGUGGCUGAGGAUUAACUACCUGCAGCAGUAA